GCGCUCAGUUCACCCACCGCUCGCCUCGCCUUGCUCGGUUGCUCUGCCUUGCCACUCGCCAGUCACUCCUUGGCACUAGUGGAGUAAGGGUGCGCUGUUCUCCCGUGGAAGCUUGGUUACUGACCGCUGCCUCCGUAUAGCUUUUGACGUUAAAAACACAGCGAGGAAGAGAAAGAGAAGUUCAAACACAUCUGUAGGGAUCAAGGAGGCACGCGCCAGGAUUGCAGGAUCGAACAGUGGAGAUUGAAGGACGAGCAUAUCAUAUUUGUCGGUGGUAGUGUUUCGUCAUGUCGACUGAGGCAUCCAUCAAACCUCGCCAGCUGCAGGUCGCGAGGAUCCGGCAGGAGGAGGAGGACAGUUGGAUCAGCGGGGAGGAACUGUACACCGAGGGUAGCAGUGAUGACGAGGGAGGCGUCCACGCACACGCCCAUGCUCAUGUGCACUCCCACUCUCAACGUCAGCCUAUCCGCAUCACAGCAUCUCCCACACCACACACCCCCACCAAGGCGGAUUCUCCUAAAAGCCCUGUUAUUCAACCUUCGCUGUCCACCACACCGUCUGCAGCCUCCGAGCCCGCCGAGCAGACAGAUCCCCACCUGACGGAAACCACCCGCCGGCUGUCUCUAAUGGGGCUGGAAAAGGUUGAAAGCGUUGCCAAGACGCCCACAUCCAAAGAUGCUGAUGAGGUGGAGGAGCAAGAGGAGGUGAUGCUGUGGCGGCCUAAGAGAGGCUCCAUCAAACUUCCUCACAUCGAGCUCGAUCCGCCCGCCCCGUCCCUCCUGGAGCAGGUGUCGGGCUAGGCCAACCCCACAUUCCGCCUUCCGUCUUUACCCUUACUUUCUACUAUGCCUUUUUUUUUUUUUUUUUUUUUUUUAAUCUCUGAUACAUCCUCGAUUAUUAGAUGUCUACAUUACCAUUAUGACGCAUUUCUCUAUGCAGAACUUGACCUUUACUUUGAUAUGCAUACUCUCUCUCUCUCUCUCUCUCUCUCUCUCUCUCUCUCUCUCUCUCUCUCUCUCUCUCUCUCUCUCUCAGCUGCGAACUCUGUCUUCUUAAUCGUUGUCUUCUUUCUUCUUACAUAUUUUUACAUACAUACUAAUCUAAUUUACCUGUGCUUUUAUAUAUAUAUAUAUAUAUAUAUAUAUAUAUAUAUAUAUAUAUAUAUAUAUAUAUAUAUAUAUAUAUAUAUAUAUAUAUAUAUAUAUAUAUAUAUAUAUAUAUACAUAUAUAUAUAUUAUAUUAUAUUAUCAAUUUUCUCCAUUCGGCGACUUCAGUUGUACGAGUAGUUAAGUGAAUUUAAACUGAUCGUGAAUUCUGUGUUUACCGUUGUCUGUGUAAAGAGAUAUUUUAUGUAAAUAUUAUUUGCCAUUGAUGUCUUGUCAUUUGUUCUCUGUAGCUUGACUUGCACAGUAUUUAUCCUACAGUAAGCUAUUUUUCGUCAAGACGCUGUAGCCUUAGUGUUUGCAUUUGUGUAGAGGAACGGGAGAAAGAAUGAACUGCUCGAGUCAGUGGUUCAGACAACCGAGUGAGGGUCGAUGUGUUGGGUGUUUGUGGCACACAGGUUUGCAAUUGCCGGCUCUGUACCGCAGCUCAGGGGAGAAGGAAGGGAAGAGGAAGGAAAAGGAAGAAGGGGAAAGAAAGGGAAGGUUUGCAGCAGGUUUGACAGUUGUCGUGUGAGCUUGAUGCCGAAUGAUGGCAAACACACUCAUGAUCAAAGUAUAUUCCUUUGUUGAAAGACACAUUAAAAUGGAUUUUUAUA